AUGGCAAAGAGGUCAAUUGCCCUCGAUGCUAUUAUCAACGAAUCAGUUGAUCUGGAGAACAUACCUCUUGAAGAAGUUUUUGAAAAUCUUAAAUGUACAAGAGAUGGUUUGAGCUCCGAUGAAGUUCAAGGACGGUUGGAAUUGUUUGGAUACAAUAAACUUGAAGAGAAAAAGGAAAGUAAAAUUCUGAAGUUUUUGGGCUUUAUGUGGAAUCCUCUGUCAUGGGUGAUGGAAGCAGCAGCUAUAAUGGCCAUUGCUCUUGCACAUGGUGGGCACAAGGGCCCAGAUUAUCAUGACUUUGUUGGCAUCGUGGUUUUACUCAUUACCAAUUCUACUAUCAGCUUUAUUGAGGAAAAUAAUGCUGGUAAUGCAGCUGCGGCUCUUAUGGCUCGGUUGGCUCCAAAAGCCAAGGUGUUACGUGAUGGGAGAUGGAGUGAGGAAGAUGCUUCAGGGUUGGUUCCCGGUGACUUAGUCAGUAUCAAACUUGGAGACAUUGUUCCUGCUGAUGCACGUCUACUAGAAGGAGAUCCUCUAAAGAUUGAUCAGAUCAGGUUUUGCCAGUCUUUAGUGUUUCACUUCAAAGUAGAACGCCUCUUUGAGGCUGGAGUUGAUGAUUCUUCAAAGCCUCAGCAUGAAGGUCAAGUGAAGAGAUUGACUUGUUCAUUGGCAACCCCAUGUGGAAAUUUUUUUGAAAGGUCCCCUUCUGAUUCUGCUCUUACUGGAGAAUCUUUGCCAGUAACCAAGCAUCCUGGUGAAGGGGUUUACUCGGGUUCAACAUGUAAGCAAGGUGAAAUUGAAGCAGUUGUUAUUGCAACUGGGGUUCAUACUUUCUUUGGCAAAGCAGCUCAUCUUGUGGAAAACACUACACAUGUUGGACAUUUCCAAAAGGUUUUAACAGCAAUUGGGAACUUCUGCAUUUGCUCAAUUGCUGUUGGAAUGGUGAUUGAAAUCAUCGCUAUAUAUGGGAUUCAUCAGAGGAGCUAUCGUGUUGGAAUCGAUAACCUUCUUGUCCUACUGAUUGGUGGGAUUCCCAUUGCAAUGCCAACAGUUCUUUCUGUUACCAUGGCUAUAGGUUCACAUCGCUUAUCUCAGCAGGGUGCCAUCACAAAGAGAAUGACUGCUAUCGAGGAAAUGGCUGGGAUGGAUGUGCUAUGUAGUGAUAAAACAGGCACACUGACACUUAACAAGCUUACUGUGGACAAAAACCUGAUUGAGGUUUUUGUCAAAGGUGUUGAAAAGGAUAUGGUUGUAUUAAUGGCUGCAAGAGCAUCAAGGAUGGAGAAUCAAGAUGCUAUUGAUGCUGCAAUUGUUUCAAUGCUGGCAGACGCUAAGGAGGCUCGGGCUGGAAUUAACGAAGUUCACUUCCUCCCAUUCAAUCCAACUGACAAAAGGACAGCUCUUACAUACACAGAUAAAGCUGGUAAAAUGCACAGAGUGAGCAAGGGCGCACCAGAGCAGAUUCUCAAUCUAGCACAUAACAAAUCAGAAAUUGCACGGAAGGUACAUUCUAUGAUUGACAAAUUUGCAGAACGUGGGCUCCGUUCCCUUGGAGUUGCUCGCCAGGAAGUACCUGCGGGUAAGAAAGACAGUCCUGGUGGUCCCUGGGAAUUUGUUGGCCUUCUCCCUCUCUUUGACCCUCCUCGUCAUGAUAGUGCUGAAACGAUUAGGAGAGCUCUAGAUCUUGGUGUGAGUGUGAAGAUGAUAACAGGUGACCAACUGGCAAUAGCUAAGGAAACGGGAAGACGGCUUGGAAUGGGGUCAAAUAUGUACCCUUCUUCAUCUUUGUUGGGUGAUAGCAAGGAUGGGGCAGUUGGAGCUCUACCAAUUGAUGAACUCAUUGAGAAAGCUGAUGGUUUUGCUGGAGUCUUUCCUGAACACAAAUAUGAGAUUGUGAGGAGACUACAAGAUAGAAAACACAUCUGUGGAAUGACAGGUGAUGGUGUAAAUGAUGCACCUGCCUUAAAGAAAGCUGACAUCGGAAUUGCUGUGGCAGAUUCUACAGACGCUGCGCGUGGUGCUUCUGAUAUAGUUCUAACAGAACCUGGACUGAGUGUAAUCAUUAGUGCUGUCCUAACAAGCCGCGCAAUCUUCCAGAGAAUGAAAAACUACACGAUAUAUGCUGUUUCAAUUACUAUUCGUAUUGUGCUAGGUUUUAUGUUGCUGAAUGUUUUCUGGAAGUUUGACUUCCCUCCUUUUAUGGUUCUUGUCAUUGCCAUUCUUAAUGAUGGUACUAUCAUGACUAUUUCCAAAGACAGGGUCAAACCUUCUCCCCUUCCAGACAGUUGGAAGCUCAGUGAAAUUUUUGCAACUGGGAUUGUCCUUGGUGCAUACUUGGCUAUAAUGACUGUUGUAUUCUUCUGGGCAGCAUAUGACACUAAUUUCUUUAAGAAUACUUUCCAUGUAAAGGACUUCAACCAGCAUAACUUCAAUAUGUCAAACGAGGACGAAGCUAAGCCACUUAGAGAAAUGUUGGCAUCUGCUGUUUAUCUUCAAAUCAGCACCAUCAGUCAAGCCUUAAUAUUUGUGACUCGCUCUAGGGGCUGGUCUUUCACAGAACGACCUGGUCUUCUGCUUGUAAUUGCCUUCAUUCUUGCUCAAUUGAUUGCAACUGUGAUAUCUGCCACUGCUACCUGGAAGCCUGCUGGAAUCAGAAAGAUAGGUUGGGGCUGGACAGGUGUCAUCUGGUUGUACAAUAUACUGACUUACAUGCUUCUUGAUCCUAUCAAAUUUGCUGUUCGAUAUGCCCUUAGUGGACGGGCCUGGGGUCUGGUGGUGGAAAAAAGAACUGCAUUCACCACCCAAAAGGACUUCGGCAGGGAAGCUCGUGAGGCCGCAUGGGCAUCUGAGCAACGUACACUACAUGGCCUACGGUCUGUUGAGCCAAAGAUGUUUUUAGAGACCGCCACAUUUAGGGACAUUAAUAUCAUGGCAGAAGAAGCUAAAAGGCGUGCAGAGAUUGCAAGGCUAAGAGAGCUUCACACUCUAAAAGGAAAGGUGGAGUCUUUUGCCAAGCUGAGGGGUUUUGAUAUCGAUGCCAUGAACCAGAACUACACUAGACGCAAAUUUGUAGAACAGGAACUUGAGAAAAUGCGGGAGAAAAUUCCACUGCAUAAGAAACAGUCUGAGGCUGCUAAAGAUGCAAAAAUGCAAGUUUUAAAGGAGCUAGAGAGCACUAAGAGGCUCAUACAAGAAUUGAAAUUCAAUCUAGACAGAGGUGAUUGA